AUGCUGUCUCAGGGGGAAAUACUAAGAAAUCCGUCGAGGACUAGGCUUCAGAAACCUCCAAAAAAUACGUCUGAAAAUAGGGGAUGGUGGUACAAGGCUACCAUAUUUCUAACUUGCCUGAUUCCGAACUUCAUGCUGAGAUGCUUUGGAAUGAAAACGCCCGAAGUGCAGCAUGCAUGGAGAGAAAAGGUGGCGCUGUGUAUCUGUAUAUUUUUUUGCUGGGUUGUGCUGGCUUUUAUUACAUAUGGAAUGAAUACUAUUGUUUGUAAGGGGAACACCCAAUAUAUUGCAUCGAAUCUAAAGAAGGAUAGCUUUGAUGGGAAUGUUGUUAUAGCAAAUGGAGGAAUAUAUUAUACAGAAGAUGAAUACGAAUUUGGAGAGAACUAUACACAUGUAUUCGAAAAGAACAGCGGGGCAUGCAAACUUGCAUUUGGAAAGCAAUUGGGAGGUGGGACUGAGGACAUUGACGAGUUGGAAAGGAUAAAUGACAUUUACUGGGACUGGGGAGAUAUAAUGAGGAAGGGAAUGAUAGUUGUCGAUAAUAAGGUUUAUGAUCCAUCUCAUUGCUCGGAGCCCCUAUUCGAGGAGUUCAACAGCAAGUAUGCAGGGACUGAGGGAAAACCUGACUUUGGCAUGGACGAAUGGCGAUGCUAUCAGGACACGUUCUAUGCUGGAAAGGUUGCCACGAAGACGCCUGGAUGCCUGCUUGCUGACACUGUUUUCUGGAUAACAACUAUUUCUAUUUUUGGAUUGAUUAUUACGAAGUUCUCGCUAGGAUUUUUCUACUCUUGGUAUGUGAAGAAGAGGCCUCGCCCUGGGCCGAACACAACGCCUUGCAUAUUGUUGGUUACAUGCUACAGCGAAGGGAGGGAUGGGAUAAAAAACACUUUGGACAGUCUCUGCAAGCAGGAUUACGGGUACGACUACAAAAUGAUUGUAGUGAUAUGCGACGGGGAAAUAACUGGGGCCGGAAAUGAUAUGAGCACGCCGGAUAUAGUUUUAAGCCUGUCUGAUGUUGAUAGGAACGCAGAGCCCAAGAGCUACAUAUCUCUCACCCAUGGGUCCAAGCGCCAUAACCGUGCCAAGGUGUAUGCUGGGUAUUAUCAUGUGAAGGAGGAAAUAAAGAGUAGGCGGUACAGAUGCUGGCCGUGCUUUGGAAGGCAGGAGGACACUACCGAAGUUAGGAACCACAAGACAAGGAUUCUUAUAAUCAACAAGUGUGGGAAUCCUGAGGAAACAUUCAAGGCCGGGAAUAGGGGGAAAAGGGACAGCCAGGUUAUUCUAAUGUCAUUUUUCUCGAGGCUGAUUUACGGGGACAGAAUGACGGAGCUAGACUUUGAGAUAUACCAGAAGAUGAAGCUCUUAAUGCCCCACAUAGAGCCUGAGGACUUUGAAUGCAUAUUGAUGGUUGAUGCGGAUACGAUAGUGAAGCCUGAUGCUCUUUCUACAAUGGUGAAUGUUUUUGAAACAGACCAGAAGGUCAUUGGGAUAUGUGGGGAGACGAUGAUCCUGAAUAAGUUUGAGAGCUGGGUUACCAUGAUACAGGUUUUUGAAUACUACAUCAGCCAUCACCUUAACAAGACGUUUGAAUCUGUGUUUGGUGGUGUUACAUGCCUUCCUGGAUGCUUCUGUAUGUACAGGAUAAAGAUAGUUACAAACCAGCAAGGACAGCUACUAUCUGGGCCAUCUAAGUCUCGGACGGGGGCACCGAGAUUCAACAACGUGAAAUCCAUCCUAAGUUCGUCCUUGGAAAAGAGCCUCUGCCUUCCUAUUCUUGCAAACCCUGCGAUCAUAAAUGCUUACUCUGUUCUUGAGGCAAAGACCCUGCAUCAAAAGAACCUUCUACAUCUGGGGGAAGAUAGGUAUUUAACGACCCUAUUGCUAAAGAACUUUUACAGAAGAAAGCUUGUGUUUAUUCCGGCAGCAAAGUGUGAGACAUACGUUCCUGGAGAAUUCAGAGUUCUUCUCAGUCAAAGAAGAAGAUGGAUCAACUCAACCAUACACAACUUAUUUGAGCUUGUCCAGGUUAAUAACCUGUGUGGGGCCUUCUGCUUUUCUAUGCAGCUUGUUGUCGUUAUGGAGUUGUUUGGGACGCUGGUGUUGCCUGCCGCCAUAAUCUUUACAUUUGUUAUGAUUGCUGUAUCUAUCCUGAUUGAGCCUGCUUGGGUUCCUUUGAUUAUGCUUGUCGGUAUCUUUGGGUUGCCUGCAGUACUGAUACUAAUUACAACGAUGGAGGUUCAAUAUGUAUUCUGGUGUCUGGUUUACAUAUUAUCCAUUCCCAUCUGGAACUUUGUCCUCCCCACAUAUGCUUUCUGGCACUUCGAUGACUUCACAUGGGGGGAUACCAGAAAGGUUGAUGGAGAAGGCGGGGAAGACGAAGGUGGUAUGUUUGAUCACACAAAAAUAAGAAUGCGGGAGCUUGAGGAGUUUCUUAACGAAGCAAAUAAAUGUUAG